CCCCCCCGCCUGGCGGCCCCGGAGCUGCCGCCGCCGCCGCCGCGUUCCCCCCCCUUUCCCCCCCCCCUUCCCCUCCCGCGGCCGCGCUCCUCCUUCAUCCGCGGCAGAGGAGGAGGAGGAGGAGGAGGAGGAGGUGGCGGCGCCGCCGCCGCCGGUCCCCCCUUCCCUCCCCCCCCUUCCCCCGGUUUUCAUUUCAGUGUGGUUCUUGCUGUGGCAAGGUCUGCCUUUUGAAGCAGCACAUUCAUUCUCCCCUUCAAGCACCAUAAGUCUCAUUUGCCAGCUUCAGAACCAUGGCAACAGAAGAAAAGAAGCCAGAUGCAGAAUCCACCAAAACACAAUCUACUCCUUCCUCCUCAACCAAUCAGAGCAAGCCUGCACCAGUAAAACCAAACUAUGCUCUAAAGUUCACGUUAGCAGGACAUACAAAGGCAGUCUCAUCAGUAAAGUUUAGUCCUAAUGGAGAGUGGCUAGCCAGCUCCUCUGCUGACAAACUCAUUAAAAUUUGGGGAGCAUAUGAUGGCAAGUUUGAAAAAACAAUAUCUGGUCAUAAGUUGGGUAUCUCUGAUGUUGCUUGGUCAUCAGAUUCCAACCUUCUUGUCUCUGCCUCUGAUGACAAAACUCUCAAAAUAUGGGAUGUAAGCUCGGGUAAGUGCUUAAAGACAUUGAAAGGGCACAGUAACUAUGUUUUCUGCUGCAACUUCAACCCUCAGUCAAACCUCAUCGUUUCUGGAUCAUUUGAUGAAAGUGUGAGGAUAUGGGAUGUGAAAACAGGGAAGUGCCUCAAGACAUUGCCGGCUCAUUCUGACCCAGUUUCAGCUGUGCAUUUUAAUCGCGAUGGGUCCCUGAUAGUGUCAAGUAGCUAUGAUGGACUCUGUCGAAUCUGGGAUACAGCAUCAGGCCAGUGCUUGAAAACACUGAUUGAUGAUGAUAACCCUCCUGUGUCUUUUGUGAAAUUCUCACCAAAUGGCAAAUACAUACUAGCUGCAACUUUGGACAACACUCUUAAACUUUGGGACUACAGCAAAGGAAAGUGCCUGAAGACGUACACAGGACACAAAAAUGAGAAGUACUGCAUAUUUGCAAAUUUCUCCGUUACUGGUGGAAAGUGGAUCGUGUCUGGUUCAGAAGACAACCUGGUUUAUAUUUGGAACCUUCAGACAAAAGAGAUUGUACAGAAAUUACAAGGACACACAGAUGUUGUAAUCUCAACAGCUUGUCACCCAACAGAAAACAUCAUUGCAUCAGCGGCACUAGAAAACGACAAAACAAUUAAACUGUGGAAGAGUGACUGUUAAAUGUUCCAGUAUCUCUUUAGAGACUGUCAGGAAAAAAUGUUUUUAAAAAAAUAUUAAAAAGCCACAUGAGAAUAAUAAAUCCAGUUUGGCAGGAAACCUGAAGAAUAUUUGAUAAAGUGGUUUCUGUUAGUCUUGGCCCAAAGAAAACGUCUUAGCUCUUUGCUAGAACCAGGCAACAUGGUGGAAAAAAAAAAAUAUGCAGUGUCUCCUUUUCUUGCCUGAUCUUUUGGCAAACAAAUGGAUCAUUCUGACAUCGCGUUAGAAGUGUCAGCCUUGUAUUGGACACCCCAAAGAUACUGUACUUUAUGGUGGCAUUACUUUUGGGCACGGUUGCUGCUUAAGGAAGAGCUGCCAGUCUACUUUGUAACAGUAAGUUAAGUCACAAGCCUAGAGAUGUGUGGAAUUUUUUUUAAAUGUUGAAUUUUUUUUAAUUUUUUUUUUUUUUUUUUCAGAAUGUAGGUUCUAGUCUCUUGGGAAGUUUCGGUAUUGUUUUCAAUAGGAGUACUGCAUCUUUAAGGGUGCUUCAUUUUAAACACAGCUCAAACUUUGUGACCAAAUAAAACCAUGCAGUUCCAGAUUUCCCUUUUUCUGCCCCUGACUUGACUCCUGUGGUGAAAUCUCCUCUUAACUUCUGUAUAGUUGCUUACCUCUUGUUACGUGUGUUUAAUAGAUGCUGUUCUAGAGCAAAGUUACAGUUCUUCUGUUAACCAUUAAAAUGAAUCCUGCUUGUAGUUGUUCUCUGCAUAUUUUAAUUUUUUUCUCUUCUGGUUAUAAAGCAAGCUCACAGAACACUGUAAAGUUAUUUCAAUGUAAAAAGAAAAAACCCCAGACUUUUGUAUCUUGAAAAUCCAUCGUAUGAAACUGUAUUGAUAAUGGCAUGACUCUGUAUCUAUUUCAGCAUUGAUAUUUCUUUCCCUUUUUGUCAUACCCAUGUGGUAUUUACACAUCCAAAAAAAUACCAUAUGCCAUAAUAAAAAGGUGGGAUUUUAUGUGUA